AUGUGGGCGAAUGGGGAGUGGGGGAUAGGGAUGUGGGCGAAUGGGGAUGUGGGGGAUGGGGAUGUGGGGGAUGGGGAUGUGGGGGAUGUGAAUGUGGGGGAUGGGGAUGUGGGGGAUGGGGGGAUGUGGGGGAUGGAUGGGGAUGGGGUUUGUGCGGGAUGUGGGGGAUGUGGGGGAAAGGGGGAUGUGGAUGUGGGGGAUGUGGGGGAUGUGGGGGCGGUGGCACGUGAGACAGGAUUGAGGCAAGGAGGUAAAAAACUGGACAGGGGCUCAGCACAGAGGCGACUUCAUCUUGAAGGUGCGGCAAAGCGGACUGAACUGAGCAAGGACGAGCAGAGGUGGAGUGAGCGAGACAGAGGCAAAGGUAAGGAGCGGGGCGGGAAAGAAGAGCAGGGAGUGCGAGGGCGGGAGGAACAAACCUUGCCUGAGGUGAGGUGGAGUAACUACGCGUCAGGGUCCUCCCCCCGCACAAGCAUGCUGUCUGUCCGGUGCCACUGCCGUGAACAAGGCAAGGCACCCAUGGUCGCGUGUAGAGAAGCAAACGGAUGGCGGCUCACCUUGCCUGAGGUGAGGUGGAGUAACAACGCCACUGAGGUGAGGUGGAGUAACAACGCCACUGAGGUGAGGUGGAGUAACAACGCCACUGAGGUGAGGUGGAGUAACAACGCCACUGAGGUGAGGUGGAGUAACAACGCCAGUGAGGUGAGGUGGAGUAACAACGCCACUGAGGUGAGGUGGAGUAACAACGCCACUGAGGUGAGGUGGAGUAACAACGCCACUGAGGUGAGGUGGAGUAACAACGCCACUGAGGUGAGGUGGAGUAACAACCCCACUGAGGUGAGGUGGAGCAACAACGCCACUGAGGUGAGGUGGAGUAACAACGCCACUGAGGUGAGGUGGAGUAACAACGCCACUGAGCGUGCUGUCCGGUGCCACUGCCGUGUGCUGGUGGGUGUGAGGGAGGACGAGGUGGAGAAUGAGAGGUGGGAGGCGACGCGAGAGACCGCGGGGGCGAUUUCCAGCGUCCUCCGCCUGGCGCCCUCCGCCGACGCAAUUCGCGGAGGAAAAGGAGACGACAGCGGGAGGAGCGGAGACGCGCAGAGGCGCAAAAGCGGGCAGGCAGAGCAGCGACGGAGGGAUGGGUUAUCCCGGGCGGAAGAUGAGGGGAGUUUAACGGACGAGGAGGAGGAAGAGGGGCAUCGGCGGAGGGUGCGUCUUGGGAAGGAGCGGCGGCUGGGGCAGCCGUGGAACUCGGGGAUUUCCCCCGCCGGCCAGCGCGCGUUCCGCCGGCUGCUGCUCGGCGCGGACGGGGAGCGGGGGAAGGCGGAACGGGUGCUCAGCGCAUCUGCGGAAGCGGAGGCGGAGAGGCAGCAGGGGAGGGCGGGGAAUUUCGGGAGAGUGGACCGGUGGUCGCGACGAGCGCAAGGGGGGGCGGGCGAUGGGCGCGCGGACGGUCCCGGAUGCGAUGAUGGCGGACGCGCGCUGGAGCUCCGCGGAAAGGGCGGGGAAAUGGCGGAGAAGGGGGGAGGGGAAUCGUCGGGGGAGAUAUCCGCGAGUGAUAUAAUGACGAUUUUGAAGGGGUUGGGGAACAAGGGGCGGUGGCGGGAUGCGCUUGCGGUUUUUCACUGGGCGCGCGGGUGCGGAAAGAUUGGCGGAAGCUGCGCGGAGGGGGAAGAGGCGUGGCGGGAGCGCGGGAAUCCUAUGGUGUCGCUGGUGCUGCGCAUUCUGAGCCGAUGCGACCGCCCGAAUGAGGCGGACGAUUUGUUCCGCGCGCUCGUGGCGGACGGUUGCGCGCUCGACGUGUAUGCAUACACGGCCAUGAUGAGCGCGCUCUCGCGCGCGGGGCGCUUCAACGACGCGAUCGCGCUCUUCCACUCGAUGCGCGCCGACGCGGGCGUGGCGCCCUCUAUAGUCACAUUCAACGUCGUUCUCGCGGCGUACGCGCGCAAGCGCGGGUGUUUUCACCACAUGGCGUCCCUGCUGCAGGAGAUCCGGACCGUUGGAUUGACGCCCGAUGAGUAUACGUAUAACACGAUGAUCUCGGCGUGUGCUGAUGCGAUUUAUAUCCAAGAAGCAGAGCGAAUCUUCGCGGAGAUGCGGGCGGCAGGGCUGAAACCGACACGUGUCACGUACAACGCGCUGCUAGACGUGUACGGGAAGGCAGGCCACGUGGCACUCGCCCAUUCGGUGCUGGAGUCCAUGCUGGAGGCGGGCGUGCGGCCGAAUCUGGUGACUUAUAAUGAGAUGAUCAGCGCGUGCGCGCGCAAGGGGCUAUGGCGGGAGGCGCGCGGGAUUGUGGAUUCCAUGCUGCGCGGAGGCGAGGCGGAAGGGGGGGAGGCGGAGGGGGAGGCGGAGGGGGAAGGGGGGAGGGGAGCGGAGGCGAAGGGGAAAGCGUACGGGAAGGGCGGGCAGGUUGAAGAAGUGAGGGAAACUUAUCAGACCAUGCUGGAGCAGGGCUGUUUCCCGAACCUUUUCACCUUCAACAUCCUGCUGGAUAUUUACGGGAAGAACAAGCUGUUUGCUGACGUGGCAUGGGUCAUGGAUGAGCUGGCAACGAGCGGGAUCAAGCCCGACGUGGUGACGUGGAACACCCUGAUUCGUUGCUACGCCGGGGAUGCCAGCCGGCUGCUAGAUGCAGUCUCCCGGCUGGAAGCUACCGGGAAGAUUCCCAGGUCUACCUCCCCCAGGUGCCCCUGGGAGGUGCACAAGUCGCUGGUUUUGGCGUUUUGCAAGUGUGGGUGUGUGGGGGAGGCGGAGGGGGCAUUAGAGAGGAUGAGGGGGAUGGGGCAUGUGCCCGAUCUGGUGGUGUGGAAUGCGGUGCUGGGGAUGUACGGGCGGUUGGGGAGGGUGGAGAGGGCGGAGAGGGUGAGGGGGGAGAUGAGGCGAGAGGGAGUGGGAGGGGACGUGGUGACUCAUAAUGUGAUGAUGAGUGUGUAUGGGCGGGAGGGCAUGAGUGAGAGUGUGGAGCGGGAAUUUGAAGGCAUGAAGACAAGAGGUGUUUCUCCGGAUGCUGUGUCGUUCUCCUCGGUGGUUCUCACCCUCUGCGUGGAGUUUGAGGGGAUGAAGGCCAGAGGGGUUGCUCCGGACGCUGUCUCAUACUCCUCUGUGCUCCUCACUCUCUGCAAGGUGGGGAGAGUGGAGACGGGGAGUCCUUACGUGGCAGGGUGCGAGGCAGCCGGCUCUCUCCCCUUUGCCGCUCAACUCAAUGCCAUUGUGUUUUCCCUCGCGGCAAGCACGCCGUUACGUGGCAGGGUGUGCGAGGCAGCCGGCUCUCUCCCCCUCUCCCCUUCGCUGCUCAACUCAAUGGCCCUCUCUUCUGUGCUUUGGCCUCCAAUCCUCUUGCUUCCCCUCACAGCACGCCGUUACGUGGCAGGGUGUGCGAGGCAGCCGGCUCUCUCCCCCUCUCCCCUUCGCUGCUCAACUCAAUGGCCCUCUCUUCUGUGCUUUGGCCUCCAAUCCUCUUGCUUCCCCUCACAGCACGCCGUUACGUGGCAGGGUGUGCGAGGCAGCCGGCUCUCUCCCCCUCUCCCCUUCGCUGCUCAACUCAAUGGCCCUCUCUUUUGUGCUCUGGCUCCCACUCCUCUUGCUCCCCCUCGCAGCAAGGUGGGAAGAGUGGAGGCGGGGAGUGGUUACGUGGCAGAAUGCGAAGCAGUUGCCCUCUCUCUCUCCCCUGCUGCUUUUAACACCCUUUGCCUUGAACACCACCUUUGCUUUGCUUUCAAGGUGGGAAGAGUGGAAGCAGCAUCUCGCUACGUGGCAGAGUGUGAAGCAGCUGCCCUCUCGCUCUCCCCUGCUGCGCUCAACGCCUUUGCCUCGGGCUGCAUUUCUGCUGGGCGGCCCACUGAUGCUGUUAGGGCGAUGGAGAGUGCUGAAAGAAGGGCCGGCAGGUUAGCAGGACUGCAGGAAGGAGUUCGAGAAUGGAUGGUGUAUGCCAUGGUCUGCGCAUGUAUGUAUGAGUGGAUGGUGUAUGCCAUGGUCUGCGCAUGUAUGUAUGAGUGGAUGGUGUAUGCCAUGCUCUGCGCAUGUAUGUAUGAGUGGAUGGUGUAUGCCAUGCUCUGCGCAUGUAUGUAUGAGUGGAUGGUGUAUGCCAUGCUCUGCGCAUGUAUGUAUGAGUGGAUGGUGUAUGCCAUGGUCUGCGCAUGUAUGUAUGAGUGGAUGGUGUAUGCCAUGGUCUGCGCAUGUAUGUAUGAGUGGAUGGUGUAUGCCAUGGUCUGCGCAUGUAUGUAUGAGUGGAUGGUGUAUGCCAUGGUCUGCGCAUGUAUGUAUGAGUGGAUGGUGCUUGCCCCUGACUCGUAUGCACUCUGGAUGCAAGCACUCCAGAUGGCUGCUGCUGCUGCUGCUGCUGAUACUGCCGCUGUGGUUGCCACUGCCUCUCACUCUCCUUCUCUCCCACCUGCGCCCUCAAUCCCAUGCAGGCUUGACCAGGAUACAGGGGACAAAGCAACGGCAGGGGAUAUGGCACGGGCAACAGCAGGAGGAGCGGCAGGGGGUGAGCAGGUGUCUGUGUCCCCUCAGGAUCACUACAGCUCGCAACUGGCUGUGCUGGCUGCACGGAUGGAAGCAAUGGAGAUGAGAGGAGGAGGAGCAGGGGGAGCUGGGAAGUAUGGUUUCAGCAGCGGGAAGAGCAGCAGGAGGGGUAGCAGGGGCGGUGGCAGAUAG